UUGGGGGCAGGAGGAGGAAAGGGGCAGGGCUUCCCUGGGGUCACCUCUCGGACCCCUCGGGGGCUCGCGGCCAAACCCCACCCUGGGCCGAUUCUGGGCGAGCCCGCAGCGGGCCAGCUAGUCGGCUGGGUCCCGGGAGAGCAAAGCCGGGUCUGAGCUGGACGCUGACGUUCUUUCUCUCUCUCUCCCGUGCACUGACUAGCCUUUUCCAGGUGUCUGACUUAAUCCGCCUCCAGAGCCGGAUCUUUCUCCGUCGGGGUCCUCAGCUAAGACCGCUGCCAUGCCGGUGACAGUAACCCGCACAACCAUCACGACCACCACCACGUCGUCCUCAGGCCUGGGCUCCUCGACCAUCGUGGGGUCCCCUCGGGCACUGACCCAGCCUCUGGGCCUCCUCCGCCUGCUGCAGCUGAUCUCCACCUGUGUGGCCUUCUCGCUGGUGGCCAGCGUGGGCGCUUGGACGGGACCCAUGGGUAACUGGUCCAUGUUCACCUGGUGUUUCUGCUUCGCCGUGACCCUCAUCAUCCUCAUAGUGGAGUUAGCCGGGCUCCAGUCCCGCUUCCCCCUGUCCUGGCGCAACUUCCCCAUCACCUACGCCUGCUACGCCGCCCUCUUCUGCCUCUCGGCCUCCAUCAUCUACCCCACCACCUACGUCCAGUUCUUGUCUCACGGCCGCUCCCGGGACCACGCCAUCGCCGCCACCGCCUUCUCCUGCAUCGCCUGCGUGGCUUAUGCCACCGAAGUGGCCUGGACCCGGGCCCGGCCCGGCGAGAUCACUGGCUACAUGGCCACGGUGCCGGGGCUGCUCAAGGUGCUGGAGACCUUUGUGGCCUGCGUCAUCUUCGCCUUCAUCAGCAGCCCCUACCUGUACCAGGACAAGCCGGCCCUGGAGUGGUGCGUGGCCGUGUACGCCAUCUGCUUCAUCCUGGCGGCCGUGGCCAUCCUGCUGAACUUGGGCGACUGCACCAACAUGCUCCCCAUCCCCUUCCCCAGUUUCCUGUCGGGGCUGGCCCUGCUCUCUGUCCUCCUCUACGCCACUGCUCUUGUCCUCUGGCCGCUCUACCAGUUCGACGAGAAGCAUGGCGGCCAGCCCCGGCGGUCGCGGGAUCUGAGCUGCAGCAACAGGCAUGCCUACUACGUGUGCGACUGGGACCGCCGCCUGGCUGUGGCCAUCUUGACGGCCAUCAACCUGCUGGCCUAUGUGGCCGACCUGGUGUACUCGGCCCGCCUGGUUUUUGUCAGGGUCUGAGGCUCUCACCUGGGGCUCCUGAUUCCCUGCUUUCUCCGACGUCCUCUUCCUGGCUGCCCGCUGUCCCCCGCUGCUCAUUGCCUCCCCGAUUCAUCUCGCUCUCUUUUCUGUUUCCUUCACUCCCUCUCUCCCUUCCAGGUUGCUGUCUCCUUUCCUUCCUGUUUUGUUUGGUUGCCCACAUCCUGUUUUGCCUCCAUUUUGCCUCUUUUUCUGCUGUCUUGCUUUCUACCUGUGCUUUUCGGCUCUUUUCUGAUCGUCCUGUUUGUUUUCUCAUCUGCCUGUUUCUUGACCGCCUGGUCCCAUGUUCCUUCUUCCGAUUUCAUUGGGAGCCCUGCGACUUCUUUCUUCUCCUGCCCCACCUCCAAAGGUGCUGAGCUCCACAUCCCAUACACCCCUCUUCACAGCUGUUCAUACCCUAGGCCUUCCGAGGGGCCUCAUUGCCAAAGCAUGCCUGCCCGCCCUGGCUGUGCCUUAGUGGGUGUGUGUGUGUAUGUGUUUGGGGGUGGGGUGGGUAGCUAGGGAUUGGGCCCCUGUUCUCCCAGUGGAGGGGGGGUGUACAGUGCACCUCCCCUUUAAGUUAAAAGAAAGUCUCUGGAGGUCAAUCAUUUCCAGUGGGCGGAGGCUUAAAGCACAGACCCUGGGUCCCUAGGCUCCGCCUGGUGCUCAGCCUCGCCUGAGAUUGGCUCCAGAAUUUCUGCCAGGCUCACCAAAAACCCACUGCCUGGAGGCCAUCUUAAAAGAAGCAAAGGGUAGAUGCCUUCCAUCCCAGCUACCCUCUGGGGUAUCAAAAAGGAUCUGGCAAAGAACCGCAUUGUCUUGAAGACAACUGUCUGAAGUAUUAGUGGGAGGGGCAGUGAUGUGGUCCUUCAGCUUCAGUGUUAAAAAUAGCAUGUCCUGCCUCCACACGGAGAAGAAAAUGGCCACUGCCGGCCGCACAGGCAACGUUAGCCUGGGUUUUUUUCUUUUCUUUUUCCUGGUCACAAGGGCAGAAAUUACUGGGUGGCUCUAUCCUGAAAGGGGAAGUUUGUUUUCCUUUUUUUGGGGGGGGGCGGGGGGUGGUUGGGGAUUGCUGCUGCCAUAGCCAGAGAAUUGUAUUGCUUGAGUGUGUGCUGCACAAACAUGUGUGUUUCUGUGUGCUAGUUGCUUCCUGCUGCUGCUUCCUGCUUCUCUGGGACUCACACACAUAACGUGAUAUAUAAAUGUAUAAAUAUAUAUUUUAUUUUUUUUUAAUUCCCUGGAGCUUCUGGUUCCCAUUAGAUUAGCCCCUGCUGUCAAUCAUAGAGGGAAACCUGUCCCUUUCCCCAGUCCCACAUCUAUAAUUUUUUUUUUUUUACCUCAAUAUAAAGAUAAAAGAAAGA